AUGGACCCCAAAACAAGGUUGCGCAAGGCCUGCGAUGCCUGUAGCAUUCGCAAGGUGAAAUGUGAUGCGAGUGGUCCGCCCUGUCGGUCGUGUGCUAGUUUGGAUAUACCUUGCACUUAUGAACGGCCCAGCAGACGUCGCGGGCCUCCAAACCGCCAUGCAGAGGCGUUUAAGAAGCAGAAACUCGAGGCACCACCCGAUGCAUCACCGGGCUCUCUGAGCGAUGUUCCGUCGGCAACUACUCCUCAAGCUUCAACUAAUACGGCUCCCCCACUAACACCGUCCUUUUCACCCACUUCAGCAGAAGCGAUUUGCUCUCUGCACACAGUGCAACUACUGCUUGAUGAUUUCUUUACGUAUAUCCACCCUUUAGUUCCAAUUCCACAUGAACCUACUUUUCGAGCUGCUUUUGAGCGUCGAGAGGAUACCAUAAGUGGAACAUUUUUAGCUCUACUUGCUUCCAUGAUUGGGUUUUUGGUCGCUUCCUUCCCCCGGCGCCCCAAACUGAGAUUGAAUACCGAAGCCGAGCGUUUCGCGUUUCCAAAUUCCAUCGCGUUGGUCAAAAGAUGCCACGACGUUGCUAUACAGGCACGAGGUACAGGUUAUCUUGAUCGAAAUGCUACUGUAUACGAUGCAUCCAUCAGUUACUUUCUGGGUUGUUGUGCUGGUUAUGUGUAUAGCAUGCGCCGAUGUCGCCUCUAUCUGGCAGAAUGUCGGACCAUGAUAUCAGUCUACGACCUUUGCCGUUCCCCCAGAAAACUGUCCACUAUCGGGACUUUGAAUGCCACUAGUCCUUCGUCAAGCGCCUCCGUAUUUUCUCCAGAAAAAUCCUCGCAAACUUUGACAGAUGACAAAACCGUGGACUUAAUUUCGCAAGAACUUGGUCGUCGUCUCUUUUAUGUCUCCUUAGUUGGAUACCAGUCAUUACUCCAGCUUGGGUCAUCCGACAUCAAGAUACACGUACCUCCGGAAACCCCAACAGACCGCUAUCCGCCGUUUCCGCUUGAGGUUGAUGAUGAAUUCCUAUUCCCUACGCAUGUCAAUCAGCAACCUGCGGGUCGGGUCUCUAGCCUUGUUGGUUUCAAUGCAAACGUGCGGGUAUACAGUUCAUACAACGCUUUACUAGCUUGGGAGACUGCUUUUGGAAGUGGUCAGAUCUUUAACUGGGAGCAUCAACGCUCAAGUCUUUGGAGUUGUCUUCAGAAAGUAAAGACUGCACUUUUGGACGUUCCUAUCGAGCUUUCACUCUUUCACCCAAAGCAAGCGCCUCCCAGAUUUUCAAAUGUGGGCGAGGAUGGCUCGGUCUUUGAUUACCCGAAUGAUCAUAUUGAUCAAGAAAAACGGGCAAUCCAAUAUGAAAUCCAGAAAGCCAACAUCUAUGCCAGUCAAUUGUGUACUCGGUCUUGGCUUGUUGAAAAAUAUUGGAAUUUAUUCGAGACUUAUGCCAAAUACGGUGACCCGGCUAACUCUGCUAUUGUCACUACAACCCCAAAUAUAAAGACCGACAGCUUCUCAAAUCCUCAACUUGAAUCUCUAUCUAGAGGACCCUCUGAUAUAUCCUCUCGUGUCAUCGCACACGCAAAAACAGACUUUAUUGGCCGCAUGAUGGCUCAAGAGCGGAAGCUAGUUAUCAAGGAUCUCUUCGUUCUCCUACGUACUGUCAAUGAAGUCAAUAUGGAGCCCAACGGUACUAGCAUUACUGGCAAAAUUCGCCAAGUAGCAUCUACCCUGCUCAACAUGUCACAUGACUCAAAUACGACCUCAACAAGCUCCAUCCCAUUCAUAGACCAGUCCACACAUCAAUUACCAGUUGAUUCCACACUGAAACCCGCCUCAUCCAGUCUCAACAUCCUCACCGCCGCCGAAGCAGAGUCUUACCUGCACGCUUUUAUUGAUACGCUCAUUCGCCUUGAAGGCCACACUUAUGCAACAACAGAUUCUGGAAGCUCGACGGAGGGAGUUAGUCCGCAGACUAAUGGCCGCGCGAUGAGUUAUUUGAGUGAUUAUGAGAGAGAUCAGGAAGAACUGAGUCAGUGGGCCAGUUUGAAGGAGUAUCAGCAGAAAUUUGCUGAAGCGGGCGGUGUUCUAUCAGAGUUGUAA